AUGCGAGCUUUCGCCAGUGUGGUGCCUCAUGUCACGCGUCGUACAUUCAGCUCAGCGAAUAUCACACGGAAUGCCACACCCGUUUCGGAUCUAGUCCUGGAGCGCGAUGCGCCACAUGGCCAUCUUCCGAGCUUUGUGCGGUCUCACCCAGCCCUUUGGGCAUCAAUUAAGACUCAAAUGCCAUCUGCCAUUGCUACGCUAGGUGCUAGGUUUCAUCUGAUUUCACCUCAGAUCACAGAUGAAGAAUAUGCUCGCCGCUCUGCUCUUUUGCGGGUUGCGUGUACGCAUCCUAGCGUGCUGUCUGUUCAGCAGACAGCAUCUUCAUUGCCCAUGUCGUUGCAGGAACGGCAACAAGUGCGCGAGCUUCAGGAAACCAUUCAGCACAAUGCCCAGCUCUCAACAAUAGGUAACAGUCUCUUGGGGCUGUUGACUAGUGAGUACUUCCACCUAAAAUAUCCUCAUUUGCCGACGCGUGUGCUGAAAGCGUUCGUCAGCGCAUAUGCUGGGCCUAGCACACUUGCAGAUGUGGGUGCUGAGCUAGGCGUGCUCGCACAGGGCGUUCAGCGAUGGGACCGCACUGGUGCGUCUUCCAUCACGCGCCGUACGCCUCGUGGUGGUACGACGUCCGUGCCGCUCCUCAGCAAGGAUGUCGCUGCGCAGUCUGUGCGUGCCAUUGUGGCCGUUCUAUUCCAGGAGCUUGGUAUGCCUGCUGUGCGUGGCUUCGUGCAUAGUCAUUUACUGAGCCGUCGGCUAGAUCUAGCAAGCCUACUCAAGUUCCGCGAUCCCAAGCGCGUUUUGUCGUCGACUUGCAAGAAAUAUGGCAAGCCUGCUCCUCAGAGUCGCAUGCUUGCCGAGACUGGUCGUCUCAGCAUUCAUCCUGUAUUUGUCGUUGGUGUCUACAGUGGUGCGAUCCAGCUGGGCGAAGGAACCGGUAGCAGCAUUCGGAUGGCUGAAUUCCGCGCAGCUGAGGAUGCUCUUCGACGUCUAUACCUGUCGGAGCUUCCCGACGGAUCAUUUACACUCCCAUCCACAACACUGGAUGCAUCUUUCCCUGGUCUUGGUACUUUGCCUCACUCUCUUCAGAGGGCUGUAGCGAGCACAUCGUCAUCAUCCUAUGUGCCUCAGCCGUUGGGUCGCAGUGAAGUUCUUCACGAGUCGCGUGGGUAA